CGAAAACAGAGAAGUCGCCAACUUAUAGCCGCUCUCGUCUCGGCCGCAUCAUUUAGCUGCUCCGUGUCCACGAGUAGAGUGCGUCGAAUUUUUACUGUCGUCGUCGCCUGCUUGUACUCGACAGCAUUUUUGUGUGCGACCAUGCCUCAUACUGCUCAUCAUCCCACACUGCUCAUCCUCCUACUCACAGGUGCGGCAGGCGGAAUGCUAUCGACUCUCGGUCUGACUCAUACCGACUACGGUACCGUAGAUCCCGACAAGGUCUUCACGACCAUCGAUAUCAGAAAUAUUACAACCAAACGACUACAACAACACCUACAGCCCAAACCGAAAAAGGAGUCUAUCGACGACCAUCAGCGUUUGAGCGCGCUGCAUGAUGAUUUCGACUCGGAAUUCAUGUCCAUAAAAAAACCGGCAAUCAGUCACAAUGAAUCUGGACCAAUGUGGGACUUUGCAGAUAACCUGAUUGACAUGCUCCUCUCGAGAGCUCGCUCGAUCAAGAAAGGUACGAGGCAAGCAAAACGAGACAAUCUCGUCGGCACGUUCGUUCAAGCCGCUCGAGCUUGGCAUCAGUACGAGACCAACAGAAUGACCGAGUACCGCUGGAUAGACCUGACCAGACGGUUCUGGCCGCGUUGGAUCAAAACCGGUGAAUGCUCGCCAGAAUGCAAAUCAAAAGGAAGCAAAUGCCACCGAGUCGACGGACAGAGGAAAAUACAACGGUGGCAGUGUCUCCGAUUGGGAAGCGACCGACAUUGCUUCUGGCUUCCCACGACUGUGAAACUAGUGACAGGAUGCUGGUCGAGUUGUUGACACACAAUAUCAAGCCAGAUGGUGACAGCAGCUGCAGUUAUGACGAUCUGUUUGGGAAAUUAUACAUAUAUCCGUAAAGUUUAUAGUUUGAACUGGCAGUUAUGCGCGUACAGUGUAAUAGCCGGAUGAUACUAACUCAAAAGUAUACGUACUCUGCAUACUCUACAGCAUAAGUUUACAUGGACCGCUUUACUAUACUUAUUAACACGGUUCUAGGGACUUAGAGAGAGACAGAAGUGCUCGUUGUACUGUACCGUAAACGAUGGGCGAAUAGCAACCGUCAUAUAAUAAAACGAUACGCAAACCA